AUGCAAAGACAAAAAAAAAGGAAUUUCAACGUUAUUAAUCAGAACAUUACUCAUAAGGAUCUUAUAUCAGGUGAAGACAAGAUGGCUGAUCCCACGGAAGAAAAAACCACCAAAGCUUACUUUGAAAGUGACGCAGGCGAUGGAACAAAACGAGAAGACAUGUAUCUCGAGGGCAAAGAGCUUAUCCUAUGUUUCAUAGCCAUUUUUUGCUCCUUCUUCCUUUUUGCCUUGGACCAAACCAUCAUUGCCACGUUGUUGACCACGGUGGGAAACAAAUUCCACUCUUUUGACAAGAUUGGCUGGCUCUCGGCCGGAUUCCUCAUCAGUAUGGCGGUUUUGCUGGCGAUCUGGGGGAAACUCUCCAUUAUAUUCGGCCGCAAAAUCACAAUGAUGGUAGCCAUUGUCUUGUUUGAGGCUGGCUCGCUCAUGUGUGCUCUUGCCAAUAACAUGAACGUCUUGAUUGGAGGAAGAGUGUUGGCAGGUGUUGGAGGUGGUGGUAUUCAAAGCGUUGCCUUUAUCAUCAUCACCGAAAUUCUCCCAAUCCACAAGAGGCCCAUGGGGAUGGCCAUAAUUAGUAUGGUUUUCGCUGUUGCCUCUGUCUUGGGACCGUUGAUUGGAGGUGCCUUCACGUCGCAUGUAACUUGGAGAUGGUGUUUCUACAUCAAUUUGCCUGUGGGUGGUGCUGCUUUCCUAUUAUUUGUCUUUGUGUACAACCCUCCUAAGUCUAAGGGCAGCAUUAGAGAGAAGCUCAAGUUGAUUGAUUAUCCUGGAGUCCUUCUUCUCUCAUCUGGGUUGGUGGUUCUCCUUUUGGCCAUAACAUUUGGGGCAGGCGGCCAAUACGCAUGGAACUCUGCUGCUGUGAUUGUUUGCUUUGUUGUUGGAGGUGUUGUGACCAUUGUGUUUUUCAUCUGGAAUGUUCGCUUCUCUAAAAACCCAAUGUUGCCGUGGGAAGUGCUUCGAGUGUUCCAGAUCGAAGCGUCGGCUUUUGCUCUCUUUGGUUCUUUCGCCUCCUUCAUGUCCUCCGCCUUGUAUCUUUCCGUCUAUUUCCAGGUCAUCCACGAUGCUGAUGCUUGGAAAUCGGGGCUCCAUUUGUUGCCUCUUAUUGUUGCCGUGGUGCUAUUCUCUUUUUCAUCGGCUAUGUUAUGCAAGAUAACACGCUACGUCAAACCAUUUGCUGUCUUUGGUGCCGUGUGGUGCAUGGUUGGAGCAGGCUUGCUUUGCCUUCUUGAUGUGGAUUCUUCAAAAUCGAAAAAAAUCGGUCUUUUGAUUCCCAUGGGCGUGGGAAUAGGCUCCCUCAUGCAAGCCGGUAUUCUCAGUGCCCAGAUUAUGGCUCCCAAGACACCAGGAGGAACCAUCAUGGCCACUGUCUUGGCUAAUUUUUUGAGGUCUUUUGGCGGUGCCUUAUCUUCCAACUUGGCUGAUGCAGUCUAUGCGGCGACAUAUUUGAACAAGGUCAACGAGAACUUGAAGUACCAGCCCGAAGAAGUAAUCAAAGAAUUGUCCACAAUCGAUGUGAGAGCAAUUGUGAAUUCCACCGCAGCACUUGCGAAAUUGUCUGCUCCAGCAAGAAAGUUCUUGAAGGCACAGUUGAUGCUGGGCAUUAAAAACACAUUCUACAUGAAUCUAGGCUUUUGUGCGAUUACUGUUGUCUCUGCUUGUUUCAUCACAAAUAAGCGUUUACCAAAAGCUGUGCCUCAAGAAAGGGACGAGAAAAAGACAGAAUCAGAAGCAGCAGAAAGUGAUUCUGUCGAAGCAGCAGAAAAUGAUUCUGUCGAAGCAAACACCAAGGACGAAUCCAGCGCCACUGAAUAA